UAACACACUGUUAAAAAUUGAAUUUGUUCUUCUUUACAGCAUGGCAUGGGAAUUCCAUCGUUGUCCAUAAUGUUGCACGAGGUCAUCAAACUGAUGUAUCACGCAAGAUGUAAAGAUGUUAUUUUCAUUCGUCUUGGAACUUGUGGUGGAAUAGGAUAUCCUGGCGGAACACUUGUCAUUACAGAGGGCGCUGUUGACGGUUUAUUGCGUCCUUACCUGGAACUGCACGUGCUGGGAGAGGUAGUACAACGACCAGCUGUGCUGGACAAGAAACUGGCCAAAGAACUGAAAGCUGUUGGAGAAGAACAACUUCCCGACUACAAUAUCGUGAUGGGAAAGACCAUGUGUACCUACGACUUCUAUGAAGGGCAAGGUCGACUAGACGGAGCAUUCUGUGAAUAUAAAGAAGAAGAUAAAAUGAAACAUCUAGAAUAUUUAAGAACGCAGGGUGUCACAAACAUCGAAAUGGAGUCUCUAGCUUUCGCAGCAAUGUGCAACUAUUCUGGAAUUAAAGGUUUGUUGUAUUAUGAUGUGCAACUAUUCUGGAAUUAAAGGUUUGUUGUAUUAUGAUGUGCAACUAUUCUGGAAUUAAAGGUUUGUUGUAUUAUGAUGUGCAACUAUUCUGGAAUU